UGGGUUUUCAAUAAAGAGUAAGAAUGCCGACAUCAUUCACUUCUACGCCAUCAAUUCAACUAUCCUGAUCCUCUUCUACGUUAGAACAACUUACACAAUCAAUUCAACAAUUUUGGUUAUCUUUUUCAUCAGAACAGACAUAAUCAGAAGCCUGUGGUAGCCCGUACACCUGAGGAGCGCUGGUCUGAAUGAAAGUUAACUGUUUAUCACUUUCGUCCUUUGCAGCUUCGAAUGAAUAAUCCCAGCAGUUGGGAGGUAUUUUUCAGGCGCGGCACUUGACGUAACCAAACUAAAAACCUUGGGGGCAACAUAAUGAUGUAAAUGUAUCGGAUAUCAUCGAUCAGCCAGUUUUGGAGAACAGUAUUAGAUUGCAUCAACAAAAUUUUGAGCCAAAAAUCGUUUAUCUCACAGUCCUUAUUUGCGUUGACCUGUAAUGAAACGUUUUCAGUAUGUAUUUCCUCUCGUGCUUCGUCUGCAACUAUAUCAAGGAGAGAGUCUACAACAACUUUCUUCUCUUCAAUCUCCCAGAUAGCGUAGAUGCAAGAUUUAAGCUCUUCCCAUCCGGUAAUCAUAUAAGUAUUCUAGUCGCGCUAGGACCGAUCGCAGUAGACAUCUCUUGUGGGGCGUCGAAAUUCAAUGCGCGGUAUGCUUUAGAAACAAGUACGGAAUAUUUAUGAUAUAUCGUAAUUGCUUUGUCGGUCAGAUUUAAGUUACCAAUUCUUUUCUAGAGACAACAUACGAAAUUUGCUUCGGUAAUGACAUCAAACACCUUUUCAGCA